AUGGCCGGUGCAAUGUUAUUUGAGAGGUCGCGCAUCUCCUCGUCAAACAGAGACGAAGACGUCCGCAUGACUGACAAAAUGGUUAGCACUGGUGAGGUACCUGAGGAUGACGAAGAAAAUAUACGCGCAAAAGAACAAGGAAUUUUAAAUCUUGGCGAGAAAUACAAAAAAGAAGGCAAAGCGAAGGAGCUAGCAGAGUUAAUAAAAGCAACACGACCCUUCCUCAGUCUGAUAAGUAAAGCUAAGGCUGCUAAAUUGGUGCGUUCACUUGUCGAUUUCUUUUUGGACCUGGAGGCUGGCAUCGGUAUUGAAGUGCAGCUGUGUAAAGAAUGUAUCGAAUGGGCGAAAGAAGAACGCAGAACUUUCUUGAGGCAGUCCCUCGAAGCCAGACUUAUUGCAUUAUAUUACGACACUGGUAUGUUUACAGAAGCUUUAGAUCUAGCUACUGCCUUACUCAAAGAAUUAAAGAAGCUAGAUGAUAAAAAUCUUCUCGUUGAAGUCCUGUUAUUGGAGAGCAAAACCUAUCAUGCUUUGAGCAAUUUACCCAAAGCAAGGGCUUCAUUAACAUCUGCUAGAACCACUGCUAAUGCUAUAUAUUGUCCUCCAAAAAUGCAGGCAGCCCUAGAUUUACAGUCAGGCAUAUUACAUGCUGCAGAUGAAAGGGAUUUUAAAACUGCCUACUCAUACUUCUAUGAAGCAUUUGAAGGUUAUGAUGGUGCAGAUAGUCCAAAAGCUCUAACAGCAUUGAAAUAUAUGUUGUUAUCAAAAAUUAUGCUUAAUCAUGCAGAAGAAGUGGGAACUAUAUGUGGCAGCAAAGCUGCUUUGAAGUAUGCUGGUAAAGAGCUGGAAGCUAUGCGUGCUGUUGCAACAGCAUCACACAAAAGAUCACUAGCUGACUUCCAAGCUGCAUUAAAGACAUACAAACCAGAACUCGAAGAGGAUGCUGUUGUGCGUGCACACCUUGGGGCAUUAUAUGAUACAAUGUUAGAGCAGAAUUUGUGUCGUAUAGUUGAACCAUACAUGCGGGUACAAGUUGACCAUGUUGCUCGUUCAAUUCGUCUGCCAGUAGUACAAGUAGAAAAGAAACUGUCCCAAAUGAUUCUUGAUAAGAAAUUAAAUGGCAUUCUAGAUCAAGGUGAAGGUGUACUUAUAGUGUUUGAUGAAUCACCUUUGGAAAAAACUUAUGAGACUGUUCUGGAGACCAUCCACCACAUGAGUAAGGUUGUUGAUACAUUGUACCAGAAAGCUAAGAAACUUUCAUAG